UGAACCUACCAAAAAUAAACAGAUCAGGUAAGGUCAUGUUCAUCAUUCUUCAUGUGUUGUUGGCUCUCGAGUAAUUGUCAUCACCACUAUAAAUAAAUACUAUACUCUAGCUCUCUCUCCUUUGCUUCACAAACAAAUGUUGAGAAGAAUUGCAGCAAUUUUCUUGAUAGGCUUUUUGGCCUUGGCAUAUCAAGCCAUUCACCCUCCACCCCCAAGAACAUGUGGUAGUUCCCCUGAAGGUCCUCUUAUCACAGGGCCAAGGAUUAAGCUCAGAGAUGGAAGGCACAUAGCAUACAAGGAACAUGGUGUUCCUAGAGAAGAAGCCAAGAAGAAGAUUGUGUUCUUACAUGGGUUCGGUUCUAGUAGACAUGAUGCUGUGAUUGCAACACACCUUCCCCAAGGACUUGUUGAGGAACUUGGAGUGUACAUUGUGUCUUUUGAUAGACCAGGGUAUGGAGAAAGUGACCCUGAUCCUAAUCGAACGGUGAAAAGUUUGGCUCUUGAUGUUGAAGAGCUUGCAGAUAAGUUGGGGAUGGGAGCUAAGUUCUAUGUCAUGGGAUUUUCUAUGGGAGGACAAGCUGUUUGGGGUUGCCUCAAGUUCAUACCUCAUAGACUUGCUGGGGCGACACUAAUGACUCCAGUGGUGAAUUAUUGGUGGCAUAACCUUCCUUUGAACAUGACCACAAAAGCCUACUACAAGCAACCCAAACAUGAUCAAUGGGCACUAAGAGUUGCUCACUACUUUCCUUGGCUAACAUAUUGGUGGUUUACUCAGGAGUGGUUUCCUUCAUCUAGUGUUGUACAACGCAAUCCUGCUGUUUUCUCCAAUCAAGAUUUAUCAAUCGUUUCCAAGUUCUUAAUUAACAGACAACAACAGUCACAGGUGCAGCAACAAGGUGAAGCUGAAUCCAUUUGUCGUGACGCCAUAGUUGGGUUUGGAAGUUGGGAUUUUGAUCCCCUUGAUAUUAAUAAUCCUUUCCCAGAUAGCACAGGCCAUGUUCAUCUAUGGCAAGGCGAUGACGAUAAGCUUGUCCCAGUUAUGUUGCAACGCUAUAUUGCCCAAAAUAUUCCCUGGAUUCAUUACCAUGAAGUGCCAGGUUCUGGACACUUGUUUCCAUACAUGGAGGAAGUGAGUGCCACUAUCAUCAAAACACAAUUAGUGGAUUAAAAAUAAUUCGCUGGAUAUUAAUUAAUUGUUGAUUUUGGCAUGUCAAAUUCAAAGACAUGAACCAGAAAUCGUGCAAUUAAUCAUUUCUUUUUUUGAUAAAGUUCAAUCUUAUUAAGGACUAAUUAUGUUUUUGGGUC